AUGAAUGAAAGUGAUAUUUAUCAAAAAAUCCUCUCAAUUUUCUAUCCUAUUUUCUUUGUCUCAACAAUUACUGUUCAAAUUCUUCUUCUAUAUUUAAUAAUAUUUCAUUCACCAAAAGCACUUCAAUCAAUCCGUCUUAUUUUAAUUAACACAUCAAUUGUUCAAAUUAUUCUAUGCACAGUCUGCUGUUUUUCACAAUAUCGAAUGAUUACAACACAAGUUCCUGUUGUUCUACGAAGUUAUGGUUACUGUAGACAUUAUCCAGCACAUAUUUGUUUCAUUUUGUAUGAAGUAUUGCAAACUACAAGUUUUACUGGGGGAAUGUCAAUUGUUAUCACUUUUUAUUUCAAAUACCGUAUUAUAAAAAUGACAUUUCUCACAACGUCACACAUGCUUAAAAGUUUUGCACUUUUCCACAUUCCUGUUAUGAUAUCAAUUUUGAGUGAAACAUAUAUGGUGUUUGAUCAAUCUCUUCCAUCCGAAAUAGUUCAAGAAUAUCAGGUGAAAAAUGUUGGAUACACAGACUACAUUGAAAUUGGUGUUUUGAAACUGAAAUCAAUUCCAAGUGCAAUUAAUUUUAUCAUAAUUUCUGGAAGUGUAUUUGUUCUUCCUCCAUUAUCUUUGUAUUUCCGAAAUCAAAUAAUGAAACAUAUCAAUUCAAGAAUCUCUUCAAAAAGACAACAAAUUAGUCAAAGAUUUUUGUCCGGUUUAACAAUCCAAGCGAUUUUACCUAUAUUAUUCUAUGUUCCACUUUUCAGUUUAUAUCUUUAUUGUAUAAUCACAAGUUAGUUUAAAAUUGUAAUAUUUUUUAAUUAUGUAGUUCGAAAUUUCUAGAAGAAGAAGUAUUGUUUCAACAAUAUAUGAUGACAGUUAUUUCAAGUCUACCAGCUUUAAUCGAUCCAAUUCUCGCAAUAUUUUUCAUAACUCCCUACAGAAAUCGAAUUACGUCAUGGAUAAAAAAGAAACCAAAUGAUGAUUCAAGAGUUUUCACAAGAACUUGA